AUGACACCAUUACAAAGGCCUGAAAACCUCCUGGGUAACUGGAAAAUGGAUCUGAUGGACUGUUGCAAUGCACAUAUUGAUUCCAUUGCAGAUAGCUUGCAAAGCAGAUCACAUUUUACUGGUCAUAGUCAAGGCACAUUGCAAAUGCAUUUGACUUAUGUGGAAAUCAACCAUCCAGCAGUGGUAAUUGACAAAGAGGGAAACAUCCUCCUGUGGUAUCUCCCAAAUGCAUUCAAUAAGGCUGAGAUUUGGAAUUUGUUGGGAACACUCAGGAUCCCACUGGUGCAGAGCAUGAAGUCCAAUGGGGCAGGUGGCUGGUGGCAUGAUUCAGACUGUUUUCACCAAGCCACAGAUCUUAAAGGCACCAUUGACCUCUCACCAGCAUGGUUUCAGCAAGCACAUGGGCCCAGUAACCCUUUACAUCACCCAGAAGUAUCACUACUGUUAAAAGAAAAAUCUCAGCCAAGGGAGACCAGACAAUGGCUGGAUAGCAUGGCUGGUCUACACACUAUCCUAUUGGGUGCAUUGCAGAUCAUGCACCCGAAAAUGUACCUAAAUGGGCAGGAGGCACUCAUGUGA